UCCAUUUGUUGGCCUAGUUUUCCUGUAUUUUUGUUGCCCAAACUGCUGAUUACAAAGCAAACAUUCAAAUGUAUACUCCUAUCAGUUCCUUUAAAAGGGGACACAGACCUUAUUUUAGUUAACUUCAGCCACAUACUGAUGUUGGUGAGUUGUGGAAAAAACAGUCACUAAUAGAAGUGAUGAUUCUCUAAAGGCUCUCUCCAUCCCAGUGAAAAUGUUAAUGUUUUACCAAAAUGUGUUAGAUGCAAAAGACAGUUUUCUGUCUUGGGUUUAGGGCACAUUUCUGAGGAACUAUGACUCAAUCUGUCCCUUCUCCUUUCACAGGGCAGCAAGGCGAACCCCAUCCUUACUCACUGGAGCUCAGCUUUGAUUUUUAACUUCCCUUCCCCACCCUUCCAGAACACACACAUUCCCAUUCCAAAAUUGAUUUUAUAAAGACAUUUUAAACAUACUGAUGCAACUUGGUGUGCACUACAGCAGAUAUACAGGUGUUUUUUUAAAAUUAUUUCCAAAAACAAAACAAGCAAACAAACGGGACCUGGAUUUAAGAUGUAAUUUUUAAAAUUUCUAUUUCUAUUUUUUCUGCAGCAGUUGGGUUAGAGGAGGAGCCUUUUAGCCUCAUAAACUGACCUCUCUACUACCUCGUGUAUUUUUAAGAUUAACUGAUGAUGUGGAAAGGGCUUUGCUUGUCUGCUAUUGAGAACAUUACCCUUGCGGUUUUUGUGGAAACUGCUUUUGAAAAGAAAAGGAAUGAACUUUACUGACUUGACAUUUUUAGACCUCCCGUUUUUCUAAUCUGGGCUAUUUUUAUUUUUGUUUUUUUACAGUGAGAUUUUUUUGAUCUUCAGCUACAUUUUCAGCUUUGUGAGAUACCUUAUCAUCAAAGGAGAUGGCUAGCAAUGUUACCAACAAGACAGACCCUCGAUCCAUGAAUUCCCGUGUAUUCAUUGGGAAUCUCAACACUCUUGUGGUCAAGAAGUCUGAUGUGGAGGCCAUCUUUUCAAAGUAUGGCAAAAUCGUGGGUUGCUCUGUGCAUAAGGGCUUUGCCUUCGUCCAGUAUGUUAAUGAAAGAAAUGCCCGGGCUGCUGUAGCUGGAGAGGAUGGCAGAAUGAUUGCUGGCCAGGUUUUAGAUAUUAACCUGGCUGCAGAGCCAAAAGUGAACCGAGGAAAAGCAGGUGUGAAACGAUCUGCAGCGGAGAUGUACGGGUCAGUACCAGAACACCCUUCUCCGUCCCCUCUACUCAGUUCUUCAUUUGACUUGGACUAUGACUUCCAACGGGAUUAUUAUGACAGGAUGUACAGUUACCCAGCACGUGUUCCUCCUCCUCCUCCUAUUGCUCGAGCUGUGGUGCCUUCUAAACGCCAGCGUGUGUCAGGAAACACCUCACGAAGGGGCAAAAGUGGAUUCAAUUCAAAGAGUGGGCAACGAGGAUCUUCUUCCAAGUCUGGAAAGUUGAAAGGUGAUGACCUUCAGGCUAUUAAGAAGGAGCUGACUCAGAUAAAACAAAAAGUGGAUUCUCUUUUGGAAAGCCUGGAAAAAAUAGAAAAAGAACAAAGUAAACAAGCAGACUUGUCCUUCUCAUCCCCAGUAGAGAUGAAGAACGAAAAGUCUGAAGAAGAGCAGAGCAGCGCCUCUGUGAAGAAGGAUGAGACUAAUGUGAAGAUGGAGUCUGAGGCAGGGGCAGAUGACUCUGCUGAGGAGGGCGACCUGCUGGAUGAUGACGAUAAUGAGGAUCGGGGGGAUGACCAGCUGGAGUUGAUCAAGGAUGAUGAGAAAGAGGCUGAGGAAGGAGAGGAUGACAGAGACAGCGCCAAUGGCGAGGAUGACUCUUAAGCGCACAGUGGAGUUUAGAGAUCUUACCCCAUUCUUCAUUUACCUGGGCGCGUGUGAGAGAUCAAAGUAACACCAGAUCCUCCCCUAGUGUCGUCAGCGCAUUCUCACCGCUGUCCCCCUCCUAGUUCUUCCCCCUGCCCAUUAAUUCAUAACCCGCCCUGCGCCUAGCUCCAUUUUCACUUCCUUUGAUGCUCCUUAGUAGCUUUGUUAAGUCUUACCCUGUAAGUUUUGCUUUAAUUUUGAUACCUCUUUGACUUAACAAUAAAAAGAUGUAUGGUUUUUAUCAACUGUCUCCACAAUAAUCUCUUGUUAUGCAGGGAGUACAGUUCUUCCCAUAUGAUUUAGUAGUUGCUUCCCUAACUGCAGAGGCAUCUCAUUACUUGUAACCCUGAGAGCAGCUUUGCAUUAGAGGUGUGUGUUUUCCCUCACAUAAGCGGGGCUGUUCAACACGAAUGUAACCAUGUAUUUUUGUGUCUGGGAGUUGGCAUGUCAAAUGCAUCUUACAGGAAAAUAGUGUAAUAGUCUUAAUAUUUGUUUUCUAAAGUUAAUACCAUGGGUUAUUUUUGUGAACAGCCUGAUGUUUGGGAUCUUUUUCUCAAAAUAAACAAUUCCUUAUUAAACCAGGAA